GAGGCGGAGCCUGGAGAAAUUGGUAGGGCGGCGAGACGCGCAGCUGUGUGUCAUUAGCUUUCAUGAGUGGAUGAGAAAAAGGGAGAGAGGUGGGACUUUAACCUCCUAGCCACAAGACGUCCCACUACGGCGUGGGGAGAGAUAGUGAUAAAGCACUGGGGAAGCGCUGCGGCGAGAAUUCUUACUCUCAGAGCGGGGCAAGAGCCACCAAAGGAUUUUUCAGGAAGGAGACAUUUAUUUGAGCGUGGCUUUGGAAGACUAGUUUGUCAAAGGAGACCUCCCGCCUUCUAUUUUUGGGCCGACCCGGGUGGGGCCCGCAGGACACUUGCGCCUGCGCGCGCCCGCCUUUUCCGGCCGGAUCUCGGGGGGUGGAGCAGCGCUGCCGAGAUGGCGGCGCCCGAGAAAGCGCUGUUUCGCGAGAAACCGAGCCACAAAAAGUUCCGGGCCGCCCUAAAGAAGGAGAAACGAAAGAAGCGUCGGCAGGAACUCGCUCGAUUGAGAGACUCAGGACUCUCACAGAAGGAGGAGGAGGAGGACGCUUUCAUUGAAGAACAACAACUGGAAGAAGAGAAAUUGUUGGAGAGAGAGAGGCAAAAGUUGCAUGAGGAGUGGUUGCUGAGGGAGGAGAAGGCACAAGAAGAAUUCAGAAUAAAGAAGGAAAAGGAAGAGGCAAGUAGGAAACGGCAGGAAGAGCAAGAGAGAAAGUUAAAGGAAGAAUGGGAAGAACAGCAGAGAAAAGAGAAACAAGAGGAGGAGCAGAAACUCCAGGAGAAGAAAGAAAGAGAGGAAGCUGUGCAGAAGAUGCUGGAUCAGGCUGAAAAUGAGUUGGAAAAUGGUGCUACAUGGCAAAACCCAGAACCACCCACGGAUUUAAGAAUAAUGGAGAAGGAUCGAGCUAAUUGUCCGUUCUACAGUAAAACAGGAGCUUGCAGAUUUGGAGAUAGGUGUUCACGUAAACAUAAUUUCCCAGCAUCGAGUCCCACCCUUCUUAUUAAAAGCAUGUUUACCACAUUUGGAAUGGAGCAGUGCAGGAGAGACGACUAUGACCCUGACGCAAGCCUGGAGUACAGUGAAGAGGAGACCUACCAGCAGUUCCUAGAUUUCUAUGAUGAUGUGCUCCCUGAGUUUAAGAAUGUGGGGAAAGUGAUUCAGUUCAAGGUCAGCUGCAACUUGGAGCCUCACCUGAGGGGCAACGUGUAUGUUCAGUACCAGUCGGAAGAAGAAUGCCAAGCAGCCCUUUCUCUGUUUAACGGGCGUUGGUAUGCAGGACGACAGCUUCAGUGCGAAUUCUGCCCAGUGACCCGGUGGAAAAUGGCAAUUUGUGGUUUAUUUGAGAUACAACAGUGUCCAAGAGGAAAACACUGCAACUUUCUUCAUGUGUUCAGAAAUCCCAAUAAUGAAUUUUGGGAGGCUAACAGAGACCUGUACCUGUCUCCAGAUCGAACUGUCUCCUUGUUUGGUAAGAACUUGGAGAGGAGAGAGAGGAUGGGCCACCAUGACGAAUACUAUAGCAGGCUGAGGAGGAGGAGAAGCCCUAGUCCAGACCACUCCUACAAGAGAAAUGGGGAAUCUGAGAGGAAAAGGAGAAGUAGUCACAGGGGGAAGAAAUCUCACAAACACACGUCAAAGAGUCGUGAGAGGCGCCGCUCACGAAGUAGAGGAAGAAAAAGGGACCGCACCCGGGGCUGGGGCAGCCGGAGUCAGAGCCGCAGGAGCCGCCGGAGCCGGAGCCAGAGCCAGAGCUCUUCUAGGUCCAGGAGUCGUGGUAGGAGGAGGUCAGACAGUAGAGACAGAACUACUCAGAGUCCCAAAUCCAAAUAAACCGGUUUUGUUCUUAAA